AUGUAUCCUGAAAGCCAACCACCUGAGCAACCCGAGUUAUACAUCAAAGAGACCUACAAGGCGCAAUUAGUCAACACAAGCAUGCCAAUUGCCGCCAAUAAGGACUUUAAUUUAAAAGUUGAGUUCCAUCUUUACUCACCCAAUAAGACCUCAACGGACUUUUGGUUUUAUAAAUCGAACAACUCUCGUGGUCAUGUACUUCCAGAUAUCCUUUGCUUUGCCAUUCCUGUGACCAAGAAAGUGUUUGAUAUCAGCAAACAUUCUUUGGAAAAUUUGAAGAAUAUCCUGUUCUUACUUGCUGACAAGAUUGAUCCGGACUCAGUCGGAAACCACAAUAGUGCGCUUUUGAGUAACGCUGAUGAGAACAGCCUCGUCACAAUCAACAUGUAUAUCGACACCAAUGAAAAUUAUUGCCGGGAUUGUAAUUGCCUGGUGUGGUGCGAUGAGGCAUUAGAUUUGUUUUUUCAAGAAGUCAGAGGAAAAGGCACAAAGGGGGCUGGUUUCAUUGUAACCAUGAUAGAUCCCCCCAAGGAACCUUUGGUUUCAGCGCCUGUGUUUAAGAGGGGCAAGAAGUGCACAAUUAUACGCUCGGGCUCAGAUGAUCCGGUUUCAUUGGACGCUGUAAGUCCUAUGGAUGUUCUUUUUCAAAAUGGUCUUAUUAUCUUUGCUUGA